GAUCUUCUUCCCUCACUUCUCACUCAGAGAGAGAUAAACCGAAGACAGAGAGAGGCCAGGAGAGAGAGAGAGAGAGGACAUGGCUGGGCCUCUCCUCUCUGCCCGCUUGUUUGUACUGGUGGAGCACUUCUGUCUGCUACAUCAUAUCCAUGCAGGGGCAUUUUAUGGUCACAAGUCACUGCCCCAACAGCACCAGCUUCUGCCACAGUUACCUCUUCUGUCACAUGGCAAUGAGGGGAUACCACAACAAAUACCCCAACACCAUUACCAUGGAAAGGAAACACCACACUUACCAUAUGGAAAUGAGAUGCCUUUGCUUCCACAGUAUGCAAAAGAACGUCCACAGAUACCCAUGCACAUGGGUAAACCUAUUGUAGGAAAAGGUGAAACCAUUCCAAGAGGAGAUAAAGGUCCUCCUGGUGAGCCUGGUCCAAAGGGACUUACAGGGCCUCAGGGCCCUCCAGGACUUCCUGGUCAUGGUAUCCCAGGACCUACAGGUAAACCUGGUCCUCAAGGUCCACCAGGACUCCCAGGAAUUGGAAAGCUAGGAAUGCCAGGUUUACCAGGAAAACCUGGAGGUAUAGGUUUACCAGGACCAAAGGGUGACUUGGGACCAAUUGGCGGUGAAGGGCCAAUAGGAAUGCCAGGACCUCCAGGUCUUCCCGGGCCACAUGGCUUACCAGGUGUGUCAAAACCAGGUGCACAAGGACUUCCAGGACAACCUGGACCUCAUGGAGAACCUGGACAAAAGGGCUUCCCUGGGAUCCAUGGUCUCCCAGGGCCAAAAGGUGAGCAUGGGAUUGGCCUCCCAGGACUGCCAGGAGUAAAGGGACAUCCUGGACCUCCAGGACCACCAGGACAAGUAGGACUACCAGGAGUUGGCAAACCAGGAUUGAAUGGACUACCUGGGGCUCCUGGAGGCCAAGGUAAACCUGGUGCACCUGGAGAACCAGGAUUGGCAGGAGUCCCAGGGGGGAGAGGACCACCAGGACCACCAGGACUACCAGGCUUUGGCAAACCUGGUUUGGAUGGCUUGCCAGGGAAACCAGGUCUUCCAGGUGGAAGGGGCGAGCCAGGUCCCUCUGGUUUACCUGGCAACCCAGGCUUGCCUGGUUUUGGCAAACCUGGAUAUCCUGGCCCUAAAGGUGAAAAAGGGCAUGGCGGUUUACCUGGUCCCCAAGGCCCAAAAGGUGAAAAGGGUCAUGGUGGUCUUCCUGGAAUGAUUGGACCACCAGGGCCAAGUGGCCUUCCAGGCCCUCCAGGUCUCUUGGGACCACCUGGAGGCAUUGGUUUCCUUGGUCCAAAAGGAGAGGGUGGUGCAGUAGGACCUAAGGGACAACUUGGUCCAAAAGGUGAACCAGGGCCUCUAGGACUUCCAGGCAAGCCAGGAUUCCCAGGAGAAUUGGGGCAACCAGGACCUAGAGGCUUACCAGGUCCUAUAGGACCUAAAGGUGAAAAUGGACAUAAAGGCUUACCCGGCCUACCUGGAGCCCCUGGAAAGCCUGGCGCAAAAGGACAAGUUGGAUUCCCAGGAGAGAAAGGUCAUCCAGGUCCUAUGGGAAUCCCAGGAUUAAUGGGUCAAGCAGGACCAAUAGGCCCACCUGGUCUACCAGGCCCAAAAGGGGAAUAUGGACCACCAGGAAAACCUGGAAUGCCAGGCGAGGGAAAACCUGGGCUUCCAGGCCCAAUAGGCCCACCUGGUAUUCCUGGAGCUGGUGGGCGCCCAGGUCAACCUGGAAUACCUGGUCCUCCUGGCCCACCUGGCCUACCAGGACCUCCUGCUCAAUCUCCAUUUAUCGGGCAAAUCCUUCCUGAGACAGGUCCUGGGCUAGAUGGGGCAAAAGGUGGUUACAAGAAAAAAAAGCCUGGAGGAGCCAAUAUUGGUAGGAAUGGCGUAGAGAUGCCUGCUUUUACAGCUCAGCUGACAACACCAUUUCCUCCAGUUGGGCAACCUGUUGUCUUCAACAAGAUUUUAUAUAAUGGUAACCAGAAUUACAACUCUCAAACUGGCGUCUUCACUUGCAAAAUACCUGGAAUUUACUACUUUGUUUACCAUGUUAAUUGCAAAGGAAACAAUGUAUGGGUGGCAUUGUACAGGAACAAUGAGCCAGUUAUGUAUACAUAUGAUGAAUUCAAAAAAAGUUACCUGGAUCAGGCAUCAGGGAGUGCAGUGCUGCCCUUACAAGUUGGAGACACUGUUCAUAUCCAGUUACCAUCAGACCAAGCUGCAGGACUUUAUGCUGGUCCAUAUGUCCACUCAUCAUUCUCUGGAUAUUUGUUAUAUCCCAUGUGAAUUUGUGAAAAAAAAGUCACUCAUAUAAAAUCAAUGCUACAUCAAGUAAACUGUAUGUGCCAUCAGUACAGAGCCACUUGUUAUGUUUGAAUAGAAAAGGUAAUUGACAAUUAAGUCACAGAGUGAGGUACGUUUUAUAGCAUAGUGUGGUACAGUGGCAAAGGAAUAUAUAAUGAAAUAAUGUUAAAUGUAUGUUUUACACAUACACAUACUUACAUAAUUUGAAACAGUCUUUCAGAAUCUUACAUUAUCCAUUCAUCCAUAUGGUUAGCACUUUGUUAGAACUCUUAUCACAUUAUUUAUUUGCAUAUUUCGUAUUGUUUGAUAGUAUAUUGAUUGUAUAUAGAUGGGGUCACAUUGACUACAUAUCAAUGUAAAAUGAUGUGAUGUUGACAUAUGUCAUAAUGAAGAAUUUUCAGAUUGUUGGAUAUGCACUAUUUUUCUGCUGUCUUAGUCUCUCAUUGUGCCAUCUCAAUAAACUUAAAGAAAGUAUGUGAGCACAUAAGUGUUAUGUUUAGAUGUUACUUUUUUAGUGAUCUCAUUAAU